CCAUGGGGCCCGACCCGCGCACGCUGCCGCCCUCCCCGAACUGGUACUGCUCCCGCUGCAGCGACGCGUCGCCCGGCGGGCUCUUCGGCUUCGCGGCGCGCACCUCCGUCUUCCUGGUGCGCGUGGGCCCGGACGCCGGCGCCGGCCCCGGGGCGCCCCCGUUCCGAGUGGUCGGGGAGCUGGUGGGCCACACCGAGAGGGUCUCCGGCUUCACGUUCUCCCACCAUCCGGGCCAGUACAACCUCUGCGCCAGCAGCUCCGACGACGGCACCGUGAAGAUCUGGGACGCGGACACCAAGACCGUAGUCACGGAGCACGCCCUCCACCAGCACACCAUCUCAGCACUCCACUGGUCUCCACGGGUGCGGGACCUGGUGGUGUCCGGGGACGAGAAGGGUGUGGUCUUCUGUCACUGGAUACAUAGGAAUGACAGCCAGCACCUCUUCAUUGAGCCCAGGGCCAUCUUCUCUCUGACCUGCUCGCCACACCAUGAUGACCUCGUGGGCCUCGGCUACAAGGACGGCAUUGUGGUAGUGAUUGACCUCAGUAAGAAGGGGGAGGUACUGCACCGCUUCCGUGGCCACGAUGAUGAGAUCCACUCCAUUGCCUGGUGCCCAGUUCCUGGAGAAACUUGCCUGCCCAUCAACCAGGACAAUGCAGAAGCUGAGUUUCCCAACGGGAGCGAGGCAGUGCCAACACCAGCGACCAAACACUGCUACCUGGCUACAGGAAGCAAAGACCAGACCAUUCGCAUCUGGAGCUGCGCUCGGGGCCGUGCCACGAUGGUGCUGAGGCUGCCCUUUCUGAAGAGAAGAAGCGGUGUGGACCCCACGGUGAAGGAGCGCCUCUGGCUAACUCUUCACUGGCCCAAGGACCAGCCCACACAGCUGGUGUCCAGCUGCUUUGCGGGUGAGCUGCUACUGUGGGACCUGGCUCAGUCCUGGAGGCGGAAGUUCACCUUGUUCAGUGCGGCCACUGAGGGCCAGCACCACUCACGCAUCAUCUUCAACUUGUGUCCGCUACACACCCAGGAUGGCCGGCGCCUGCUGCUUUCCACAUCCAUGGACAGAGAUGUCAAGUGCUGGGACAUGGCCACCCUGGAAUGCUGCUGGACUCUGCCAUCCCUCGGUGGGUUUGCCUACAGUCUGGCUUUCUCUCCUGUGGACACAGGCUGCUUGGCCAUUGGCGUCGGGGAUGGCAUGAUCCGAGUGUGGAACACGCUGUCCAUUAAGAACAAUUACGACGUGAAAAGUUUCUGGCAGGGCGUCAAGUCAAAGGUGACAGCGCUGUGCUGGCACCCAAGCAAGGAGGGCUGCCUGGCGUUCGGCACAGAUGAUGGCAAAGUGGGGCUCUACGAUACCUACUCUAGCAGGCCCCCCCAAAUUUCCAGCACCUACCAUAAGAAGACAGUGUACACCUUAUCUUGGGGACCACCGCUACCCCCAGUGUCUGUUGGUGAGGGAGACCGGCCUUCCCUCACCCUGUACAGCUGUGGAGGUGAGGGAGUGGUCCUACAGCACAACCCCAGGAAACUUAGUGGUGAGGCCUACGACAUCAACAGGCUCAUCCGAGACACCAACUGCAUCAAGUAUAAGCUGCCAGUGCACACGGAGAUCAGCUGGAAAGCAGAUGGCAAAAUCAUGGCUCUUGGCAAUGAAGAUGGGUCAAUAGAAAUCUUUGGGCUCCCUAACCUGAAGCUGCUGUGCACCAUCCAACAGCACCACAAACUCAUCAACACCCUCAGCUGGCACCAUGCACAUGGCAGCCAGCCCGAGCUGGGUGCCCUGCUGGCCUCUGGCUCCAACAAUGCAGCCAUAUACGUGCACAACCUCCAGGCCAUCCUAGAGCGCAACACUGAGGCCCCAGUGACCCUCACUGAGCCCUACCGGACUCUUUCGGGACACACAGGCAAGAUCACAAGUGUGGCGUGGAGCCCGCACCAUGAUGGGAGGCUAGUGUCUGCGUCCUAUGAUGGCACGGCUCAGGUGUGGGAUGUGUUACGGGAGGAGCCGCUACACAACUUCCGGGGCCACCGGGGCCGACUGCUGUGUGUGGUGUGGUCCCCGCUGCACCCCGACUGCAUUUACUCUGGGGGUGAUGACUUCUGCGUAUAUGGGUGGCUCACGUCCAUGCAGGAGCACUGCCGCCCCCCACAAGGCAAGAAAAGUCUCGAGUUAGAGAAGAAGCGGCUCUCUCAGCCUCCACCCAAAUCCAAGAAGAAGAAGAAACCCACGACCCUGAAAGGACCAAUGAAUGAGGACGGAGACACGGCACCAGUGGAGAAUGGUGUGUCUGAGCCCGAGGCAGAAGCUGAGGCACCAGAGCCAGGACCUCCCAGCACUCUGCCUCAUGUGGUGCCCAGAGAGCCGGUCACCUGUCCACCCAUCCCCCUGGGCUUGGACAAAGCCAGAGCGGCUCAGACGAACAAAGUGGCCACGCAGAAGGAGCUCCCCAAGGAGAAGGCAGAAGCUUCCAUGAAGAAGCGAAAGGCUCGCUCCAUGCUUCCGCUGAGCACCAGCCUGGACCACUUGUCUAAGGAGGAGCUGCAUCAAGACUGUCUGCUGCUAGCCACUGCCACACAUGCCCAAGAGUUGCAUGAUGAUGUGUCUGCAGCUCUUGAGGAGAGAUUCCACUUGGGGCUCUUCACAGACAGACCAGCGCUCUAUAAAAUGUUCGAGACUGAAGGGAAAGGACACCUGGAGAGCGGCCACCCAGAGCUAUUCCACCAGCUCAUGCUAUGGAAAGGGGACCUCAGAGGGGUGCUACAGAGUGCUGCUGAACGGGGGGAACUGACAGACCAGCUUGUGGCCAUGGCACCCGUAGCUGGCUACCACGUGUGGUUAUGGGUCGUGGAGGCAUUUGCCAAGCAGCUAUGCUUCCAGGAGCAGUUCGUCAAGGCUGCAUCUCACCUACUGUCCAUCCACAGAGUGUAUGAGGCCGUGGAGCUGCUCAAAGCCAAUCACCUCUACAGGGAGGCGAUCGCAGUGGCCAAGGCCCGCUUGCGGCCCGAGGACCCAGUCCUGAAGGAGCUUUACCUGAACUGGGGCACUGUCCUGGAACGAGACGGCCACUAUGCUGCUGCAGCCAAGUGCUAUUUAGGGGCUGCUUCACCAUAUGAUGCUGCUAAAGUCUUAGCCAAAAAGGGGGACACAGCAUCCCUCCGCGCAGCAGCUGAGCUGGCAUCCAUCACAGGGGAGAAGGAGCUGGCUGCCUCGCUGGCCCUCAGAUGUGCCCAGGAGCUGCUGCUGUCCAGGAACUGGGUGGAGGCCCAGGAGGCCCUUGCCCUGCAUGACAGUCUCAAGGGCCAAAGACUUGUGUUCUGCCUUCUGGAGCUGCUGUCCCGGCGCCUGGGGGGGGAACUGCGGCCACAAAGCGGGGCUUCCUGCGCCUACAACACCUGGGCCACAGACUCUGAGGAGCCCUUUGUACAGACGGUGACUACAGUGUGGAGGGGCACCUUCAGCCUGGACACCCCCAAGCAGUAUCAGGAAGCGUCACAGCAGCUGCAAAGCAUCAAGUACCCGCCUGCUACAAGCAACACACCCAGCAAACAGCUCCUGCUGCACGUGUGCCAUGACCUGUCCCUCGCCGUGCUGGCCCAGCUCAUGGAGACCUGGGACACAGAAGUAGAGGCAUUGCUGCGCGCUGUGCUGCGUUGCCACGAUUCCGGCAACUUCUGCCUGGCGCAGAAAGUGUGCGCCACUGUCCUUCCGGAUGGCUGCAGCCAUCUCCACCUGGCAUCCACCACACCCGCCCUCAGGAGUCUCAAGGCCUUUAUCACCUAUGGGCACCUGUAUGAGUUCUGGUGGGCCUUGUCCAGCACCAGGAAUAUGUCAGCCUCUGGCGGACAGAAACCAGAAGUGGAAACUGAUGAACGGAAACAAGAAGUGGAGACUGACAGCAGACCCCACACGUGUGCAGAACCUGAGCCAGAGGCACCUCUGCGGGAGUUAGCCCAGGAAUCUGGACAAGAACUGGAAUCCCAGGCACCCACGCAGGAGUCAGAACCCCAGGCAUCCCCACAGCACUCAGAACCCCAGGCAGCCCCACAGGACACAGAACCUCUGGCACCCCCACCGGAGCCAGUUCCCCAGGCAGCUCCCAGAGCCGCAGAGGGGAGGGGGCAGGUGCUGAGCGCCUGUCUAGACCUUCUCUCGGAGCCGUACGCACAGCUCCAGGAGGCGCAGAGAACUGUGACAGAUGUCCAGGAGACCCUGGCACACCUGAUCCGCCAGCACCAGAAGAGCCAGCUGUGCCCGGAGCAGGACACAGGCCCAGCCCCAGGCAGUAAAGAAGAAAGGGAGCCGGUUUCUCUGCCUGAGCUAACCAGGCGACUUACAGAGGCAAAUGGGAAAAUUGCUAAGUUUCCUGAGAGUGUUAAGGCUUGGCCUUUCCCUGACGUGCUAGAGUGCUGUCUGGUUGUGCUCCGCAUCUGCACCCUGAGUCCAAUGUGCCUAGCCCAGGAGACACAGCAGCGGGCCCGCGAGCUCCUGCACAAGUAUGGCAGCUGCAGAGCCUACAGGCACCACAGUCAGCCCUGCUGACCGACUGGGCUCUCAGGACACCACCCUUACCAGCCGUGGUCACUCUCAAGCCUUAGUGGGCCUCGCAGCGAAGGAUCCGGGACCCGCCCAAAGUGUUACCCCGACUGUGAACACGCCUUUCCACACCGCAACAACCCGACUCCACCAAGCUUCGUUUCUCUGCGAACAUAAGUGAAGCAGGCCUGCCCCACCGUCCUGUGGACUCCGGGCCUGUUUCUCAUUAUUGCUGGAUUGGACAUUACUACAGUUUUAGGAAAAGCUCACUGGGAUGUAUUUGGCCCUUUUCAUUUCUAGGAAGGGAUUGAAUAUCAAAAUAGCUCAGGAAGCGGUAUUCCUGUGUCAGUGAUUCUUAAUCCAUUUGGAUCAUAGACCCCUUUGAGAAUUAAAGCCACUGAUAGCUGA